GUCGUAGAAGUGUUGGUCCGCCCAUGGGUUUUGCGCCCUAAUUGCAAUCUUUAUUCAUGACGCCCUCUUUCCUGUAGACUUGAGUGAUUUCUUGCAGGGCAGUUCCGUAGUUGCCAUGGCGACGGCACGUCAACAUCACCGCCGUGGGAGGACUGGCUUCAGAUGUUGCUCUGCCUGUCCGGUGCACGACAUGGCAGAAAUGUCUCCGAUGAACAGAAAACUCACCCAAAGUCUCGCCGAGAGCAUCUCCAAACAAGUGGAGCACUUUAUUAUUUCUGUGACCUAGUCAAUAGAACAGAGGUCGAGUUCCUUAUCCGGGAGUUUCACGUGUUGAUGGGAGAACAGACCACUCUGGGGAGGACAGUCAGCGGCCUGGACAGAGGCAGGUUCAGGAGCUUCCUGCACAACAACUUUGGGAUGACCGAUGACAUGAUCAUGGAUGGAGUCUUCAGGACGUUCGACAAAGACAACGAUGGCUUUGUGAAUAUGAGAGAAUGGAUUGAUGGACUGUCUGUUUUUCUUCGAGGGACACUGGAUGAAAAAAUAGAAUACUGCUUUCAGGUGUAUGACUUGAACAGUGACAACUACAUCUCAAGGGAGGAGAUGUUUCACAUGCUGAAGGACAGUCUCAUCAGGCAGCCGACAGAUGACGACCCUGAUGAAGGAAUAAAAGACCUAGUGGAGAUCACACUCAAGAGGAUGGACCAUGACCAUGACGGCAGACUGUCCUUCUCAGACUUUGAAAAGGCAGUGAGAGAUGAAAAUCUAUUACUUGAGGCGUUUGGGACCUGCCUGCCUGACUCCAUGAGCACAGAGGCAUUUGAGAAGCUGGUAUUCCAGGAACAACUUGAACAAUAAGUUUGUAUUUGUGCCUCUUUAAUGCAAGUGUUAGAAACUAAAUAUCAAAAUAAAAACACAAAACAUUUACAGCAAAAAGACAA